UGUUCACAGAGAUGAUGUCGAAGUCGGCGAUGCUGACGCGGAGGCCGACGAGGAUAGUCGGGGGAAAGGACGCCGAGAAAGGACUGCAUCCCUGGCAGUUGUCGGUCCACUGGGGCGACAGGGAGCGGAAGAUCCCGCCGCGACACGUCUGCGGUGGUAGUUUAUUGACUGCCGGCUGGGUGCUGACUGCUGGACACUGUGUAACUCUCGCCCCAUCCAAGGGGGAGUACCUGAUCCUCGCUGGGAAAUACAAACUCGGCGUCAUGGAGGACACCGAGCAGAGCAGGCUCGUCGAGCAGGUGAUCGUUCAUCCACAAUACGACGGGACUGUCGCGCCGUACGACAUAGCGCUGAUGAAGGUAGAGCAACCGUUCGAGUUGAACGUCUUCGUUUCCACUGUGUCCUUGCCAUAUCCAGACUCGAUACCGUCUGGGGACGUUAUGCUGAGCGGAUGGGGUAGCAUAGGGAGGACGCGAGCCCCGGAAAAUCCGGAGAAUCUUCAAGCAGCCACGUUGCCCAUAGUCGAGUACGAUUUGUGCAAACUUACCCUGGACAAGAUUUUGAAACCGAAGGAGAAGAAUCCGCUGCAUCCGACUAACAUCUGCACGGGGCCUUUGGAUGGCAGUUUGUCUGCUUGCAAGGGUGACUCUGGAGGUCCUUUGGUAAGGAGGAACGCUUUCGGUGAAGCGGAAGUGGUCGGAAUAGUCUCGUGGGGACUGUUUCCCUGCGGAGCGAAAAACGCGCCCUCGGUGUACACGAGGGUGUCAGCCUUCAUCACGUGGAUCGCGGUGGUCAUGUUAAAUUAUACUUAAUCAACGCCGACUGAUAAUAUUCUUGUAAUUAGAGUUUAGUUAUCAGUCAGUAAGAAAUCCAUAUUCAGGUAAAACUGAGUAAUCAAGUUC